AUUAUUAUUAUUAUUAUUUUUUAAUUAUGCUGUGUAGUUUAAAAAUGUUGUAAUAUGAAAGUAAGUUAAAUGGAAAUUCAGGGUGAUUCAGGGUUUUAUUGCAUUGCCAGUACUUUUGAUAUGUCUGGACAAAGUGGACAGUAUCUGAACUCUGUUACACCAGUAGAGGGAGUACAGGCGGUAUUAAGAGAUUACAUGGAUAAAACCCAUCUCCAUUCAUCCUUUCUGUUUCUUUUCUUCUCAUUGACCGCAUCCAUUAACACCUCUUGUGGCGGUUUCUGGACAUUGUGCAUGGCACUGGUAGUCCAUCAGGUGUUUACAGUCUCUGUUUCUGUAUUCAUCUCUCUUUAAACACACACACACACACUCACAUGCAUUGACUUGAUCACAUUCAAUGCUCUUGCCCCAUACUGUAUGUCUUGGUGAUGGUGCAGAAGUUGCCAUGGUAACCCCAUAGCUGGAGAGUGUGGAGGUAUAGGCUGUUCAGCUGGGCUUUUGUUAUGGAUGGAGUAUGUGAGUCUAGAGCAACACAAUAGCCCACUGAGACUAGCUCAAAGGAGAGGGAAUUUACUGGGAAAAUUGUGAUCUAUAAGUACUGUGAGAAACGUUGGGAAGCAGAAACAAUAACGUGCUGUGAAAGCAAAGUGAAAGGAACACUCCCUAUCUGCUGAUGGGUGUCGGCUGUUCAACAGGUUAGGUAACAUGUUUAAGACACGCAUAGAAGAGUUGAGUGUUCAUUUCUAGCUUUAUCCAAAAGAACUACUGAAACUACUAAUGUUUAAAUAAAAAAUACACAUUGUCCUGUUCUGAAAAUUUACUCUUAAUGCCUUGUAUUCUUCUUGAGAGUCAGUGGAUGUUUGUAGCCUCAGUAUGAAAAGAUGGAUGUCAAAAUCAUGUUCUAAAAUGUCUCAAAUAUGCAGAAGAUCCUGGAAAACCAAGGAUUGUGCAGGACCUGGAGGACUUUUCUGAAUAACUGGCUGUUGAGAAGUUGACAGAUCACAGUUUUGACAAUCACGCCUUCAGUGUGUCGUUCAUACUGGACGAGGAGGCAGGAAGGGACGGGGGUGUAAGACCCCAGGUCCCGCGAGGGGCAUCUAAAAUGAGGACAGGAAGUUGGCAGCAGGAGUUUGGUCAGCCAGGGGCCAUGGGAGGCCCCCAGGGGCCCAGGCAUCGUCAGCAAGAGCUGCCUCUACGAAUCCUAGUGCCCACUCAGUUUGUGGGAGCCAUCAUUGGGAAAGAGGGACUCACCAUAAAGAACAUCACAAAGCAGACACAGUCCAAGGUAGAUAUCCAUCGCAAGGAGAAUACAGGAGCAAAUGAGAAGUCCAUCACUAUCCACUCAUCUAAAGAGGGCUGUUCACAAGCCUGCAGGAUGAUCCUGGAAAUAAUGGAAAAAGAGGCCAAUGACACCAAGAUUGUUGAGGAGGUUCCUCUAAAGAUCCUGGCCCUCAAUAGCUUUGUUGGGAGGCUCAUAGGGAAGGAGGGUAGGAACCUGAAGAAGAUAGAGCAAGAUACUGGGACCAAGAUCAUUAUUUCUUCAUUACAAGACCUGACUAUAUAUAACCAGGAACGUACCAUCACAGUGAGGGGAGGGGUGGAGGAGUGCUGUAAUGCAGAAGUGGAGAUCAUGAAGAAACUUCGAGAAGCCCAUGAGAAUGAUGUGGCUUUACUUAAUCAGCAGACUAACAUGCCAGGUAUAAACAUGAGCACACUGGGGAUCUUCUCUGGCUUGUCUGCUCUCCCCCCAGCCUCUGGUCUGAGAGGACCUCUGUCCGCCUCAGCCAACUACAGCCCCCUGCUGGGCCCCACAUCAGUAUUGGGUAGUAUGUAUGGGGUUCCCUCCUCUGGAGCAUUAUCUCAUCAGCAAACAACUGCUGAACAGGAAGUGGUCUACCUCUUUGUUCCCACUCCAGCAGUAGGAGCUCUAAUUGGGAAGAAAGGACAGCACAUUAGAGAGCUGGCACACUAUGCUGGAGCCUCAAUAAAAAUUGCUGCACCAGACAAUCCUGAUGAUCCUGAUAGGAUGGUCAUCAUCACUGGACCACCAGAGGCUCAAUUCAAGGCACAGGGGAGAAUAUAUGGGAAGUUGAAAGAGGAGAAUUUUUUCACCGCUAAAGAAGAGGCGAAGUUAGAGGCACAUAUAAAAGUGCCUUUUACCGCCGCCGGACGAGUCAUCGGGAAGGGUGGCAAAACGGUCAAUGAGCUGCAGAAUCUUACCAGUGCUGAGGUCAUUGUACCACGGGACCAGACCGCAGAUGAAAAUGAUGAAGUGUUUGUUAAAAUAAUUGGACAUUUCUUUGCCAGUCAGUCGGCCCAGCGCAAGAUCAGGGAGAUCGUUCAACAGGUCAAACAGCAAGAGCGGAAAUACCAGCAAAUGGUGCCCACACCCUCAGAACCGUCAAAUUGAUCAGCAGAUGCCAGCAAGCAGCAGGUAAUGAAUGUAGCUCAUGCGAGGACAAAUGGAAAUUCAAGAAAGAAAUCAAGAAAUUGACAAAGAGCGAGUGAGACAGAGCGGGAAACAGAGAGAGACAGAAGCUGAUGAAGAGGACCAGCAGUUUAAAACAACCAAAGAACUUAAAGCACAAAAACAUUCGGUGGAUAUUAUGUGGAUAUGAAUGAAGAUGUUCGAAUUUGUUACCAGGUCAGAGACGGACCUGAUAUUUCAUAUUGAGCUCAUUUUAUGAUUGAUUAAGCUGAUGUGAACGUAUAUAGAGGAUUUGUGCACUGUGAAGUAGACAGCUGGAGGAGGUGAAUGCACACUGCAGGUAGAUUUUAUAGGGACUUGCAGGUCUAGUUGUGCACUAGAUCUACUAAUUUAUUAAGAGCAAAUGUUAAUAAGAUUCUAAAAACAAUUCGAAUGGUUUAUUCAACCGAAUUUUCUUUGGAAACUCAUUUUCAGGCUAUUUAAUGUGAUUAAUCAGAUUUGUUUGUUGAUCUUCUCUAGUAACUAAAUAGUAAAGCAUUAUAACUAAAAGCAUUAAGUGAUCUCACAAAGAAACGUACGUGAUGUAUAAGACUGCUAGCUGUGUGCCAGCAUUUCACUUCCAGUUCCUCUUAACCACUGCUGAGUCCGAGCUUUUCUCCUCUGCUUGCUGCCCUUUUCUCUCUUUAAAAAAAAAAGUACAUAUUUAUUUUUGUUUCCCUGUUCCUGACCUAUUCAUCACACAAAAUAAUAAGAGCUGUCUGUGUGCCAACUGUAAAGAAAAAAGAAGUGCAAUCUCUGAACAGAGAUAGAUCUAGAUCAUCCUACUUUGGGAAUCCAAUGAUGAUAUCCUGUACUGCCCACGUAUAAUAUUACACACUCUUUAUAUUACCUUACACUACCAUUCAAAAGUUUUUAUUCAUAUUUUCUACUUUUCUGAUCAAAAGUGACUAAUGACAUUUCUAAUGUAGGAAAAGAUUUCUAUUUCAAAUAAAGAAACUUUUAAAAACUUUUCUAAUCAUCAAAGAAUCCUGAAACAAGUAUCAUGGUUUCCAUAAAAAACAAUUUUUAAAAAAAUUAAGCAGCACAACUGAUUUCAGCACUGAUAAUAAUAGGUUUCUUGAGCAGUAAAUCAGCUGCUCAAAUAAAUGCAGCCUUGGUGAAAAAGACUUCUUUCUAAAACAUUAACCAAUCUUACCAACCCCGAACUCUUGAGUGGUAGUGCACGCACUUGAAAAAGCGGAAUUUCUUGUGCAAUCUGCACCUGGUCUGUAGGUCCUGUAACAGGUGCACAUGGGGGUCCUUUUAGGUCUUCCUGACACUAAUUAAUGUAUAUGAUGCAAAUGCCUUCUGCAAACAUAUACUUUCUGUGUUGCAAACAUUCUCUUUUCCCCCUCUGGUUUCAUGUGAGUGCAUAUCUUCUCCCGCAAGUGCAUGUUUGCAGUAGGGAAUGAUAACAUAAGUGUCUAUAAAUGCAUUUUUGAUAAAAGAGUCAAGCAAAGUCAAGACGAAGUGGGAUUUUAUUUUGUUUUAGUUUUUUUUUUUGCAAAAAGAUUUCUCAUUUUUUCAUAAUAUAUAAAGGUGAUGUGAUUGGUGAAUGGUAACGUCAUUAAGCCUUUAAUGUUGCACAUCCGAAAGGCUAAUGGAAUUAUUAUAUAUAUAUAUAUACAUAUAUAUAUACAUAUACAUAUACUGUAUAUAUAUAUAUAUAUAUAUAUAUACAUAUAUAUACAUAUAUAUAUAUAUAUAUAUAUAUAUAUAUAUAUAUAUAUAUAUAUAUAUACAUAUAUAUAUUGUAUGUGUGUGUGUGUGUGUGUGUGUGUGUGUACUGUAUUUAGGAGACAUUCACAAAGUACAAUUUAUAAAAUAUUGGAUUCAGUAUUUCUUGACUGAUCAAAUGCAAGCAGCCAGCACUGCAGUACUGUACAGUACAGUCAUAGAGUGUAACAUUGAUAUGAAGCAACUGAUAAAACCAUGAUUGAGACAUGAAAAUGAUAUAUUGAAAGUCCAUGCAGCUUUAUGUGAAGCAGUACAAUAUAACAUUCUACCUCAAGAACAGGGUACCUCAGUCUGAAUUUGUAUACCUUAUAAAGCUCUCAAACUUAGAGCAUUUUUUAUUUUUCUAAAAAAAAAAGAACACGAAGAGGAAAAAAAGGUUUAGUGCAAGGCACCAACACAGCCUGCUUGUUCUUGCGAAAGGUUUCAGGACCCUGCAUCAGAAACUGAUUGUUGCUUUAUGGACCGUUUGACUUACAGUAAAUGAGCUCUUGAGGUCAAUACAACUCUUGGGCAACUGAACAUUUGUGUUGACAGUACUUUGUUUCUUGCAGUUUAUGUUUGUACUGAAAUAAUCGUCUUGACAGAUAUAUAGUGUCUAUAAGAAUACAGCUUAAUCCAACCAUAUUCUUCAACUUGUAUAGGGACAUUUAGAAGACAUUAUCUAUGUUAUUCUGUUACAAAUGGCUUGGUAAUUUUUCUCAGUUAUAGAGGUCAUAUCAGAUGAGAUGGCCAAUAACAAGUCAGUUUUAAAUUUUAUUCUAACUGUGUUUGUGUGAGGGUUUUAGUAUAGGAAUAAUCAACAGUUUACUGCUGAAUAUUAGCAUAAUUAUAUUAGACACGUUUGAAUUUCAUCUUUUCAGUUUGGGAAUCUGUAGUAAAAUUUUGCUGUGUCAAAUGGGAGGGAUGUCCAGCUGUCUCAAGACCAUCUCUUUUCAUAUCAUUUACAAAAACAACAUGUACAUGAAACCUGAUUUUUGGCGUAUUACUUCUGUUGCUGUCUCUGUGUUUAUUUCUCUUCACAUUCUACCAUGUUCAAAAUGUCUUUAUUGACCACUUGUACCAUGAAUAUUUCUGGGUGUUUGAUAAGCCUGUCCCUUUAAUCCUUAUUUGAGAUGAGCUUCUGAUAUCAACUUUUAUAAUGACAUCACACAAUGUAAAAAUGGGCAAACAAACUAAUUUCAGAUCUGGGCAAAAGAGGGACAUAUUCCACUGGUAAACUAUGGGCUUUAGCCAAGUGUGGGGGAGUUUGAGAGAACAAUCAUGAAUACACAUCUGUUUUUAUGUUUGUUUGUUUUGUUUUUUGGGAGGGUCUCACUACUUUUCAUGUGGAUAUGAGCAAUAAAGAGUUUUUAAAACAA